CAAAAGCAGGCGAACACAAGAGCAAACAAAUCGGCGCAAAACAAACGCAACAACAACAACAAUGAAAUAAUGAUGUAAAACAACGAAGCAUGAAACAGUCAACAAAACAUUGAGCGAAAGCGAAUAAGAGUCAAAAGCAUCGCGUGGCGUCGCGUUCCAAUGCGCUGUUGUCGUAUCGAUUCGGAAAGGUCGGCUAACAGGCGCAUACCGAAAAAGCUCACAGCGACAACGAAGACGACGACGACGACGACGUUAACUACGAUGGCCUGGAGAAAGUCUGCACCUUUCAGACUUGUAUCCGCUGCCGUUGAGAAAGGUUCGUUCGUGUUUGCGCUGCGUGGCCGUGUGUGUGACUAAAGCAGAGCAGUGAACAAAAAGCAAAAAAACAAAAAAAAAAUACCAAAAAAAUAGUGUCAGCAUAGAAAAGCGGAUUUUUCCUCAACAAAUACGCACACACACAAGCAAUAAAAGGCAAUAGAAAUUGAAAUUUUUGCUCAUUAAUACAAAACCGCAUGCAAAAGUUUGGAAAAUCAGUGCAAGAAAAUAUCUAUUAAGUGAAAAGCUGCAAACGCAGCAGCAAAAAUUAUUUGCGCUGCAGCGUAAAGUUGCCCUAAUUCGAGCAGAAGUCGCAGCUGAAAAAAUUUUCAUGCAGCAGCAAAAGUGUGUGAAAAGCCAGUUCUUAGCAGUCGCUGGAAAAAAUCAACGAAAAUUUUUAAAAUCAAGCUGACUGCGUUUCAACAAGAAAAUGAGAGUAUAAUACACUAACAACAAUAAAGAAACAUAGAAACAGUGUGUGCGUACGAAUAUCAGUGGAAAAGUUUUUAAAAUUAAAGAAAAUAAAAAUCAUUUUGACUAUUUGCAAGCGUUUACAAGCAGUGCUGAGAAGCUUCGAAGGAAUUCUGCAGCAAAGUUCAUAGCAACAACAACAAAGAUUACAGUGUAAAAGUACGCACAAUUAAAUCGCGGUGCGUAUAAGAAUUAUAACAAAAAUAAAAAAUAGUUAAAAUAAAAAUACCAAUUUAUAGCAAUACAAAUAGCAAAGCAAAAUGUUUACAAAAAUAUUCUUAAAUAUUUAUCCACGCGUAUAAAGUUCUUCAACUCGCGCUUGUCGUUUAAAUAAAUUCUAAACCAAAUACAUAUAUACUACUUCUACUACUACUCAUACCUAUUACAAAUAUAUAUAUAUAUAUAGUAUAUGUAUGUAUGUGUUUACAAUAUAACCAAAUUAACUUAAUGUGCAAAGAUAUCGUUGCGUGUUCAUUAGCUAACCGUAAAAUAUCAACAAAUAUCAGUGAAUAUCAGCAAAUUUCGGCAAUUAACGCUCAUCUAAGCGAUCAUUUGUAUUUGCAAGACAUUUUAACACACGCACUCUUCAGUUGCGGCAAUUGCAAUUAGGUAAAGUUUCGGUUGCGAUGAUAUAAGUGCAUGUUUGUAAUACUUUUGCGCAGGCGCGCAAGCUGCAAAACAAAGAACCGCUACUGCUGAAACAUGCAAAAUUUCAUAGUGUGAAUGUUGGCAACGCUGGCGUGCCUCGGUGGUUUUGCCUGUAUUAGGACUAGCACUACAGAUAAUAACGAAAAAAAAAUGUUAAUUUGCCUAAUUAUCAACAAUCACAAGCCACACAGUGAUUAAUCACAAAUAAAUAAUACAAAUGGUUUAUUGGUGUCCGAACUGUCAUGAUGCAUCGGUGCUGCCGCCACUCUCCACGCAGGGGAUGUCGGGGUGUGACCAAAGCACUGUCGAAUCAUUGGCCGAAGAUCCAACAGAUUCACCAUUCGCUGCCGAUGAGUGUCUCAAAGUACGCAAGUACUGGUGUUUUUUGCUCUCCAGCAUAUUUACCUUCCUUGCUGGGCUAUUUAUUGUGCUACUAUGGCGAGCAUUUGCGUUCAUUUGCUGCCGCAAGGAGCCCGAUUUGGGACCCAACGAUCCCAAACAGAAAGAGCAGAAGGCGUCACGCAACAAACAAGAGUUCGAGGGUACCUUUAUGACCGAAGCCAAAGACUGGGCUGGCGAGCUUAUAUCGGGACAAACGACAACUGGUAGAAUUUUGGUCGUGCUUGUAUUUAUACUCAGCAUUGCAUCACUCAUUAUUUACUUCGUGGAUGCAUCUAGCGAAGAAGUCGAAAGAUGUCAAAAAUGGAGUAAUAACAUUACUCAACAAAUCGAUCUCGCAUUCAAUAUAUUUUUUAUGGUUUACUUUUUUAUACGAUUCAUAGCGGCGUCCGAUAAACUUUGGUUUAUGUUAGAAAUGUACAGUUUUGUAGAUUAUUUUACAAUACCCCCGUCCUUUGUAUCAAUAUAUUUAGAUCGGACAUGGAUCGGUCUCCGAUUUCUUCGAGCGUUACGCCUCAUGACUGUACCGGAUAUUUUACAAUAUUUAAACGUUCUAAAAACAUCGAGCUCGAUACGCUUGGCUCAACUAGUAUCAAUUUUUAUAUCUGUAUGGUUAACAGCAGCGGGCAUAAUACAUCUGCUGGAGAACUCUGGCGAUCCGCUGGAUUUUAAUAAUGCUCAUCGAUUAUCCUAUUGGACCUGUGUCUAUUUCCUAAUUGUGACCAUGUCAACGGUAGGAUAUGGUGACGUUUACUGUGAGACUGUAUUGGGAAGAACCUUCCUUGUGUUCUUUCUACUCGUCGGCUUGGCUGUGUUCGCUAGUUGGAUACCAGAAAUCACUGAACUGGCAGCGCAAAGAAGCAAAUAUGGUGGAACAUAUAGCAAGGAUCCUAGAAAAAGACAUAUUGUCGUUUGCGGACAUAUAACGUACGAGUCAGUGUCGCAUUUCUUAAAGGAUUUCCUGCACGAGGAUCGAGAAGAUGUGGACGUGGAGGUGGUAUUUUUACAUCGAAAACCACCUGACUUGGAACUAGAGGGUUUAUUCAAACGUCAUUUUACCACAGUGGAAUUCUUUCAAGGGACCAUUAUGAAUCCAAUUGAUCUGCAACGGGUUAAGGUACACGAAGCUGAUGCCUGCUUGGUACUGGCCAAUAAAUAUUGCCAAGAUCCCGAUGCUGAAGAUGCUGCCAAUAUUAUGCGAGUCAUCUCGAUCAAAAACUACAGCGAAGACAUACGAGUGAUUAUACAACUUAUGCAAUAUCAUAAUAAGGCUUAUUUACUCAACAUCCCCUCGUGGGAUUGGAAACAGGGUGAUGAUGUCAUUUGUCUGGCCGAACUUAAACUUGGCUUCAUUGCGCAGAGUUGUCUGGCGCCGGGCUUCUCAACAAUGAUGGCGAAUUUAUUUGCGAUGCGAUCGUUUAAGACUUCACCAGAUACACAGGCCUGGCAAAACGAUUAUCUUCAAGGUACCGGGUGUGAGAUGUACACCGAAACCCUCUCACCUUCAUUUACCGGCAUGACAUUCCCACAAGCCAGCGAACUGUGCUUCUCGAAACUGAAAUUAUUGCUGGUAGCUAUCGAAAUUAAAGGUGCCGAAGAGGGCGCGGAUAGCAAAAUAUCCAUAAAUCCGCGUAAUGCCAAAAUUCAGGCGAAUACACAAGGCUUCUUUAUAGCGCAAAGUGCCGAUGAAGUGAAACGCGCCUGGUUCUACUGCAAAGCCUGCCAUGAGGACAUCAAAGACGAAACAUUGAUCAAGAAGUGUAAAUGUAAAAACUAUGUGGGCAUGAUUAUGAUGCAGACCGGAAUGGUGAAUCAAGGCAUUACCUCAGUCCUUAAUCAAAUGGAGGAUGAUUUCCAUCCAGCACCCACAUUUACGCCGCCAGAGUUGCCCAAGCGGGUGCAUGUGCGCGGAUCAGUAACGGGUGACAUGACACGCGAUAGAGAGGAUGUGAACCUCAUAAAUCGCAAUGGUCGCCGCACGAAUGGCACCGGCAACGGUAGUACAGGGUUGCAUAUGAAUUCAAUAGCUGCGAAACAAGUUAACAAGGUGAAACCAACAAUUAACCGACAACAGGUUGAGGGUCAGGUGAUAUCACCAUCACAAUACAACAGGCCGCCAGAAAACGAUGCUAACCCAUAUGCGGGCUAUCAACUCGCUUACGAAGUUAAAAAGCUCAUGCCAACAAGUCGCAGCUCCGGCACGGGCACACAAAAUCAAAAUGGCGGCGUCUCACUACCGGCCGGUAUUGCGGACGAUCAAUCGAAGGAUUUCGAUUUUGAAAAGACGGAAAUGAAAUACGAUUCGACGGGCAUGUUCCACUGGAGUCCGGCUAAGAAUUUAGAAGACUGCAUAUUGGAUCGCAAUCAAGCGGCAAUGACUGUUCUAAAUGGUCACGUUGUCGUAUGCCUUUUUGCCGAUCCAGAUUCGCCGCUAAUCGGACUGCGCAAUUUGGUCAUGCCAUUGCGCGCCUCAAAUUUUCACUAUCACGAAUUGAAACAUGUGGUGAUAGUGGGUUCGGUAGACUAUAUACGACGCGAAUGGAAGAUGUUGCAGAAUUUGCCAAAGAUAUCGGUGUUGAAUGGUUCGCCGCUAAGUCGUGCCGAUUUGCGUGCCGUGAACGUAAAUCUGUGCGAUAUGUGUUGUAUUCUGUCGGCGAAAGUUCCUAGCAACGACGAUCCGACGCUGGCCGAUAAGGAGGCCAUUCUAGCGUCGCUCAACAUCAAGGCAAUGACCUUUGACGAUACGAUCGGUGUACUGAGUCAACGUGGGCCCGAAUUCGAUAAUCUGAGCGCGACCGCUGGCAGCCCAAUUGUGCUGCAACGGCGCGGCUCCGUUUACGGCGCGAAUGUGCCCAUGAUAACAGAACUGGUCAACGAUAGUAACGUGCAGUUUCUCGAUCAAGAUGAUGACGAUGAUCCGGAUACGGAGCUAUAUCUGACGCAGCCGUUUGCCUGCGGUACCGCCUUCGCCGUUAGUGUUCUCGACUCGCUGAUGUCGACGACGUACUUUAAUCAAAACGCUUUAACGUUAAUCCGCUCACUUAUCACUGGCGGCGCUACACCAGAGCUGGAACUCAUACUCGCCGAAGGUGCUGGUCUACGAGGCGGUUACAGCACUGUGGAUAGUCUUAGCAAUCGUGACAGAUGCCGUGUCGGCCAAAUUUCUCUGUAUGACGGACCCUUGGCCCAAUUCGGCGAAUGUGGUAAAUAUGGUGAUCUAUUUGUGGCAGCGCUUAAAUCGUACGGCAUGCUUUGCAUUGGCCUUUACCGAUUUCGUGAUACGAGUUCGAGUUGUGAUGCGAGUAGCAAACGUUAUGUUAUAACGAACCCACCCGAUGAUUUUUCACUACUGCCAACAGAUCAGGUUUUUGUAUUAAUGCAAUUCGAUCCGGGCUUAGAAUAUAAACCGGCCGCAGUACGUGCACCACCUGGUGGUCGGGCUGCCAACACACAAGGCUCCGGGGUCGGUGGGGGUGGUUCAAACAAGGAUGACAACUCUUGAUUGUUACUGUGUAGCGCCUUAACUGAUGGUCCUUACUCGUACAUUUGAACGAUGGAGCAAACGAUCGAGUACAAAAUAGCGCAUUUCUGGCAAUUCAUAAUCGGCAAAAUAUGGCAAAAAUUACGAGCGGCAAUGCAAAAUGUAUCGAACAAAAAAAAUUAGCACAAAAACCAAUAAACAACAAAAACAAUUGGUGUAAUGACAAAAUAAACCAAUAUUAAUGCCGUAGGUAAAAAAAACCGAUAGGAAUUUGUCAAAAUUUUAUGUAAAGAAUUGAUUAUGCAAUACAUGAGAGUCCUAGUAAAUGUGCCAUUUUGUACUUUUAUAUUUGCACAGACAUUCGCCAAUGCAAGCCUUAUUGAAAUAGAACACAUGCUUAUGUAUGUAUGUAUAUGAGGUAUGCUAUAAAAACAAAACAUUUCAAUUUUCAAUUGGAAGCAAAUGUCUUUGCAAAUAUAAAAAUCAAACUCCAACUAAUAAAAUAUACAAAAAAACUGAUUAUUUCAGUCAGUAAGAGUAAAAUCCAUCGUUCAAAUGGUAAAAAGAUUGCUUCCCACACCAUUCCGCAAAGCCCUCAACUACUUAAUUAAUUUUCAAAAAUUUUAUUAACCUCAAUUUACUGUUUUCAUUUAGGAUAUAUGAUUGUAAUCAACUACGUAAUUAUAUAUAAGGAGUUUUCUUGUAAUUUUCUUUUUUUUUAUUAAUUUUUACUAUUAUUUAAUAAAUGUUUAUAAUUUAGCUUUAAUACAACUUCUGUUAAUUAUUUAUUGCACUUGCACACUCUCUGAAAUUUAAAGACCUAGUCUUAUGCUUAGCUUAGCUUGAAACUCACAUCAUAUGACCUGUAAAUCUUAUCUUUGUAAAAAUCAAAAAAUAUAUCUAUUUAAGUUUUAUUUUUAGUAAAGUUUAAUCUAUCGAUAGGUUAUAGUUUUUUAUGUAAUAAACUUUGUUAUAAUUUGCACUAGUUGUAUUAGGUAAUAGUAUGUGAGCAUAUAAAAUUAUAUUUAUGAGUUUCACACAGAGAUAGAUUUCCUAAGCUUUUGUAUGAAUAACUGCUGCAAAAUUAUGAGGUUUUAAGCUUUACCGCCGCAUAACCAAAGCAAUUGAAAACAAAAAUUUAAUUUAAUUUUUUUAUUUAUUUAAUUUAAUAAAUUAUUUAUCAAUAUCCCUAAAUGUAGGCAAAAUAUUGCCUACAUUUUGGUAUCUCACCAAGCUUUUAGUAAAGGCGCACACCUUAUGUGACCAUUCAACUAAAAGCACCACAUUCUGUGUUAUAAUAUGACGAUUUUUAAUAAUGUACAUGAGUGCUAAUUUUGAAGGAAGAUCAUCUUCUGUGUGUAUUUGAAGCUUUUGUUGUAGAUGUGUGGCAAUGAAAAAUAUAAUUUUCAACAUAUUUCAUAGUAAUAUUUUUUGUUUUUAUAAAAUAUAGUUUGAUUUGAAUAUUAAUUUUUACUUAGGACUUUUUUAAAUUAAUAUUAUAUAUGUAGAAAUUUGUAAAAAAAAAUUAUUUUUUAUUGUUAUCUAAUUUGUUAAAUACGGAUUAAUCUUCUGAAAUUAUUUAUAAUAGAUAUAUUCUAUAUUCUUGGUUAAAAUAAAUACCUUUUUAGAUAUUAUACUGUAAUUUCGUCAUUUAUUGAGUUAAAAAAAUGGUUAAAAUAAACAUUUUUUAUAUUAAUCGUCAUGUAAUUUUUUUCAGUUUAAAAAAUGGCUGAAAUAAGUAUUUAAUUUAUUAAUGUAAAAAACGAAAUGGUUUUAAUUUUUUUGCUAGCAAAUAAUUUUUUUUUAAUAUUAAGUGGCAGGUUAUUCUUCCAAAGUCAUAAAAAAAAUAUAUAAGUUUUAUAUUUUUUGUUAAAACAAUUUUAUUUUGUAGAAUAUAUUAUGAUUUCUUUAUCAACAAUAUUCGUGUUUGAAAAAAUUAUUAUAUUAUAUAUAUUAUUUAAUUUUAUAUUAUUAUUUCACCGUUAAAUUUUUUUACUCAUAUCUUUAUACCCCGAGCAAGGUAUAUUAAGUGACUUCGGCGACCCUAUUAAGUACAUAUGAAAUGAUCAGCGUGACGAACUGAGUCGAUUGAGUCAUAUCCGUCUGUCUGUCCGUCUUUCCGUCUGUCUGUAUAUACGCGAACCAGUCUGCAGUUUUAAAGAUAUCGACAUUAAAUUUUGUACACGUCCUUUUCUCCCCAAGAAGCCGCCCAUUUCUCGGAACUUCCGACUUCUAUCCAACAAUUAUAGCAUAUAGCUGCCAUAAAAACUGUCCGAUUAAACUAAAGUCCUUGUAUGGAUUUUGUUUUUUAUUGGACAAGGUAUCGUCUCGCAUUUCAGGCAUCGCUACAAUCGUACCUAUAUUGUUUGGAUCGAAGCACUAUAACAUAUAACUGCCAUUUUUUAUACCAUUUUAUGAUAUAAGAAAUGCAUCUGUGAAGGGUAUUAUAGCUUCGGUGCAGCCGAAGUUAACGUUUUUUCUUGUUUUAUUCUCAAGUUAAUCGGCACUCAUUGUUCACUGCUUAGAGGUUAUGUUGAAGAAUAAGAGCACUUAAUGACAUAUUGCGUAUAUUUCCCAUUCCUCACCCCUCAUACAGUUCAAACAGUAAGCACUUUUGCACUCAUAUCACUUUGACAAAAACUAAAAGAAAACCCAAGUAAACAACAAUAAAAAUUAUAAGCAGCUUUGAACACCGCCUCACGGCCUCACGACCUCACGAUUUCGUUAGUACAAGCACCGUCGUAGCUCGUAUCAAACAUUUCAAUAAUUCAUUAGCUUCACUUACAAAAUGCAUCACUUACUGUAAUCUCAUUGUGUUGGGGAAUCGGGGGAGGUAUGUAUGCAACGAAGAAUACAUCACUUUAAUGAAUUCCGUCUUAACAAACAUACACUUUACCUUUACAUUUGCCUAGCAUUUAAGAUGUACAUAGCAAAUAUCAUUCAUGUUUAUAUUUUCACUGAUGUUUAUACAUUUUUUCAUGUCGAUCUACUUACUAUUUCAUCGUUGCGUACCGUAUUGGUGACGAAAAAGUUCGUUCAUAACCUAGCACGUGGCAAACGAGAAAGAGAAUGAAACGAAAAAAUAGUGCACAUUUCAGUUAUCGAUAAUUUUACGCCUUUACGUUUGUUUAAUAUUUUUUUCACAACAACUCCUACGUUCAUUUAUGUUCACUUCAAUAAUCGUUUGUCGUUAAUCGUUUAUCGUCAUUAUUGAGUUUCAUAAGUUCAUCCAAACGACGAAAUAUCGAACAACAAGCAAUUUUAUGUAAAAUCAAAUGGUGUGACGUAAGCAACUGGGAACCAUUAGUGAGGUUAGCUACACAUUAAACAAAGGAAUUAACCGAAACGCGGGGGAGAAAAGUACUAAAAACAAAAAAUUAACGAAGCAACAACAAAACUACAACUAUACAACCUACUGAAAACUACAAGUCAAACAACAAUCAACACCAAAUUUAGUAGAGUAACGCAGUAAAAACUAAAAAUUACAAGUAAAUUGCAUAAUAAAUAAAGUUAAAAAGCAAACUAAAUCGAGAUUCAAGCUCAUCUCAAAAUUCGAAAAACAUAAUGGCUAAAGAUGUAAUGGAGAGGAGUAUGAGUAUAAGCCACUAAGGCAAGCGUUGCCAUUGACAGCAGGCGGUGGUGGGUCUAUGCUUUUGCGCAGAAAAUGUAACUGAUAAAAAGCGUAAGCUUGCAAUACUGCUUUGCAAUAAAGAUUCUAAACAAUUGUAAUAUACAAUAUAGAUAUGUUUAUAUGUACUAAAAGACAAAACAAAAAUAAUUGUACUAGACAAAACACAAAAAAAAUAAAAACCAUAAUUAAACUUACUUCGAAAUAUACGAACAAAAACAAAUUUGAGAAGCUGAAACAUACAUAUAUGUGUACCAUAAAUGUGUGUAAUCUUGAGAAAUUUGCGUUUAGAGGCGAGUAAUCUUAACUUUAUCUCAUACAAACUCAUAUGAAUAAUAACCUGAAGCUACAAAUGCUAUUUGCUGUUGUUGUUGGAGCCAGUCCGAGGCUUGGCGCAUCGACUUCGCGUACGAGUUUGUACAUAUUUCUUUUGUGAAUUUUAUUGCUUAACCUUUUUUUUGCUUGAGAAAAAUAGUUAGAACGUUUAGCUUAAUUCUGCUUGGGAAUAUUUUAUAUUAAAAGAAUAUAUAAUAUAUGGAAAAAAUUCCGAAUUACAAGCAACUCCUGUUAGCCGCGUAACCAUAUAUCGUAAAAUCAUUUCGAAAUCAUAUAGGAAAUAAGGUGGAUAAACUACUUUUGCCGUAACAAUAUAUGUACUUGCACUUCUGCUCUCAAUAGCCUCCCAACCAACCAUUCCGAAAAAUAUUUAUCUUACUAUAAAUAUUAUUUAGAUAUAUUUAUCUUGAAAUAUGUACAAGACUCAUAUGGAGGUUGCAAAAGAGCAUUAUGUGAGGACAAACGGGUAGCUAACAGUAGUUAUUUUAAGCCCAACUACUGGCUUACUCAGCUUGCUAUUAACACAUUAAAAUACAAACACAUACACGCGCUAAAAUUUGUAAAUAAGGCUUUUUUCAUUCAAUGUAUAGAAUAUGAGUUUAACAUAUUAUCACAACACGACUUAUCAUAUUUUUAUAAAUACAAAGUCACACAAGUCACAGAAUUUUUUUCUGCACGCAAAUUUUAUAAACUUCAGCACAUUUACACAUACAUACAUGCGUAACGGUAAGUUAAUAUGCAAAUUUAAGUUGCAUAAUGUCUGUUGUCGAAUGUUUUGUAAAUAGUUUGUAAAUAAGCGUACUAUAUUUCAAAAAUACAUUUAAAUAAAUCAUUUCUCGUUUUUAUACAAAACAAUAGCAACAAACACGUAACGAGUAAACAAACAAAAGCAAAAAUAAAAAAAUUAAUAAAAAUAAUAAUGUGUAUGUAUGUAUGUGCUAUAGACAAAAAAACCAAAAAACAAAUAAAAUUCAUUCAAGAAUGAUUCAGCCUAAGCAGACCGCAUUAAACGCAGUUAAUGGAAUUCAAAUGUUUAACUACGCAAAGAAAACUGAAUGAAAACAUAUUGCAUCACCAAAUAGUAUAUGGAAAAUACAAAUUACGUACGUGUGUAGAAGGACAUUUAGAAAAAUAAGUAACACUGCCAAAUUAAUUAAAACAAAAGUUUAAUUAAAAUGAUGUAACACACCCAGAUGUUGUAGAUAUGUAUGUAGGAAAAUUAUGUAAAAGCAACACAUACAUAGGUAGUUCCGAAGUAGUAUGAGACUAAAAUACUAUGUCCUUACCUCCACACUUAAUUAUAUUUUUUUUUACACGAUUGAAAACCUUGCAAAGAAAUAACGAAACUGAGCGUAUCAUACCAACAAACACAAAAACGAGAACUAUAUUGGUGUCAUAACGAAAAAAUAAAUUGAUUGAAAAUUUCCAAAACGCCGAAACUUGAGUGCGAGGUCUAUCGUUCUAUAAAAAAAUAACAAGCUCGACGCUAUUAUAAACUCUUUUUAGUGUAAGCCUUUGCUCAAAGGAACUUAGUUUGAAGCGACUUUGAUUAAAUUCAGCCAUUGCUCUGCACUUUAUACAACUUGACUUAAAUGAUGGUAUUGUUCAGAAGUGUAUGUUUUACCUUUAAAAUCAAGUUGGUUGGCACAGAAUCAUAGUUGGUACAAGCAUGUGCAAAAAAAAAUUUAAACACCGCUUUUUUAAAUUCAAACAAAACAAAACAACCAAACGAAAAAAUACUAAAUAAUAUUAAUUAUCAAAUACUGAGUUUUAGGCUACAUCAAAUUGUUGUAGCCUCUCAUAAAAGUCAUGCAAUCUGCAAUCUAUCGUAUUCUGCAUGAUGCCAAAGUACUUAUGAUAUAGGGGUACUAUGGUCUGCAUAUCUUUCGAGUUGAGUCUCAGUUGUACGAACACAACACAAAUGCAGAUUAUUUUCGCGGCAACCGGCACUUUUUGUUUUACAGCGGAAAUUAGUUGGAGAAAUUGGUUUCUUUAAUAUUUUAUACUCUUGGAGGCAAAAUAAGCGGUUAACACCGACCGACAGAAACUUUUAAAUUAUUCACAUUUCUUUCAAAUAGAUUCACAAAAAUUUGAACAUUAUUCGAUUGAAAAUACAAUAAUUAUAUACUUUUUUUUCAUUAAAGUGGGAGGAGCAAAAUCUAUCUAAACUAAAAUUCGUAUAAUUUUUGCUUUGAAAACAAAUAUUACUUAGACACAAUGCUAACUUAUAUUUAAAUAUAUUCGAAGCGUAGAACCCACCACAAGCAACACAAAAAACAUAGAAACUAAACGAAUGCGCUAAGCAACUUCAAUAGCUAUGUUGGAAAACAAACGAAACAUGUAAAAAUAAAUACAUAAAAAUAUGAUUUACCACCAAACAAAGAAUUAUUUCGAAUCACAAUCAGAACAAUCAAAUAAAGAAUAUGAAUCAUUAACGUAAAUACAUAAAUUACUAAAGAAAAAAAUGGCGAAUCUCAAAUAGAAAUAUGAAAAACUAGACGUUUAGUUUAGCUUUUUGUAAAUUAUAAAAAUUUAUAAAAAUAAUGGCAAAUUUUUAUGAAAUAAAUAAAAACAAAAAAUAGCUACCAAGAAGAGCAAUAAAAGCCAACAAAAAAUAUUUAAGCAAAACGAAUUCGAGCUUUUACAUAUUAAUCAACUAAACAUUAACACACAAAUUAAGAGCAUGAAAAAAGCUAAGGAAAAUGAGAAAAAAAAUUUAAUUCGCAUAAAAUAUUGACAAGGGUAAGCUAGGCAAAAUACGAAUUAUUUUCAUGUGUAGAGUAGAAUUUAAAAAGAAAUUCAGCGCGUUAAAUAAUAUAAAUAUUAAGUAAAAGCAGCAAAUGAUAGCAAAUUGUUAGUAAAAAAACAUUUAAUAAAUACUAAACAGUAAAGCCGUCAUUAAAAGCAAUUAACUAAAUAAAAAUUUAAAACUAAAAUUAAAUUGACUAACAUAAAAUUUGGAAUUAAAAAUAGAAAAAAGGAAAAAUAAAAUGUGAAUAUUAUGCGCCUUCAAAGUUAUUUAUUGUAUAUGUAGAUGUGAAAAGUAUAAAUAAGUAUUGAUUUAAAAAAAUUAAAUAAAAAAUAAAAAAAAUUAACAUAAACGAAUUCAAGUUUCAUCAUUUAAAAAACAACAGUUAAGUACAGUUAAUUAUAGACCAUUUAUUUUCGACACAUUUGAGCUUAAUUCGAAAAUAUUCAGGCAAUUAUUGUAUGUGUGAUUAAAUAUAAAAACUAAUCGUCAACUUCAAACAACAAGUGCUGAAAGCUGACUAUUCAAAAGCAUAAGCCUAAAAAAGUUUGUACGAUUUUUAAAAUAAAACUUUUGGGCUUUCAUGUGUAAAAAAUAUUUACAAAAAAUCGAUAAACAAAGGUUUUCAUGAAAGCUCUUUGAGGAAUGAUGUUCUCUAAAAUUAUCGGCGUGAAACAGUAAAUGAUUACAGCUGAACGUAAUCAGUCAAUGAAACCAUAUCUUGUGACUUAGAACAAGCCUAACAAUGUGGUCGAAAACUCAAAUGGUUCUAAUAAAGUGCCCAAAAAUUUAUGGAUUUCUUUAUUAAAAUUUAAAUACUUCAAAUUGCCGGCUAAACAAUAUAAUCAAAACAAACCAAAAUUUGUGUUUUCACCUGGACAACAGGUUGGGUGAAAGCUUUGUUUGCUUGAGCUUUCAUCCAAUCAAAAGCAAAAGCUUUAAUUAAUUUUUGCAUACGCUUUUGUUCAAUAUAUUCGAAAAGGUACAAUAUACAAUCAUACAAUAUAACAAUACAUAUUUUUAUUUCAAACCAACUUGUUGAUUACUUUCAACUGAUUUCGAGUAAAUUGGAAAAUAUUGGAUUUCAUAACAACAAACAAUCAUUUAGACACAUAAAAAGAAAAACCGUAAACAUUCUUGUAAAUCAGCCAGCCAAAGCCAAGUAGCUUAGUGAAUAGUUUAGUUUUUAGACAACAUAAAUUGUAAUGCAAGGUCCGAAAUUAAAUGAAAUUGAAUUACCGAAUAAAAAUAAACAAUAUGAAAAAAGAAAAAAAAAUUGAGAUAUGUAUAAACACAAAAAGUUAAACAUAGUUUUAAAAUUAACAACUUAAGGUGAGAUUGAUAUGAUAUUAAAAGCAAAAUAUAAAAAAAAAACUCUCGAUGUUGUGAAACUUGAUGAAAUCUCUUUGAAAAAAUUCAUAAAUAUUUAUAAUAAAAACACAAUACACAUUCAUAUAAUAAAUAAAUUAAAUUUGUAUAUUUUUUUAGUCAAGACAAACACUCACCACACUUUUAACAUUGACUCACAUUUAUAAAAAAGUUCUCAUAGACUCGUAUGAACCACCAAAGAUUGCUUAAGAAUAGUUGCAGAAAAAAGUUUAGAAAUAAAAACUACUUAAUAAAUAAAACACAACCAAAAACAAAUUAGAGAAAUAAAUGUACGAGAAAUUGCAACUGCGCCCGCAUUUUCUGGUAGUUAGCGAACUUUUUUUUAUAAAAUGCAUUAAAAAAUUUAUAUAAAAAUAGAAAAAUCUAUUUAGCAAAUAUUAAUGUAUAGAAAUGUACAUACAUAUAUAAAUAUAUAAAUAAAAUUUCAUGGCUACAUAGAUUCCAGAUAUAUAUAAACAAAAAUUGUGUUUAAUAUUUUUUUAUUGUUUAAAAAAUUGCAAAGAAAAUAUAACAACUUAAUUUGUAUACAAAUAUUUUUAUUUGAUAUUCUAAAUGUAUUAUUGUUAGGAAAGAAAUGCUAAACAUAUUUACAUAUGUAUGACAACCCAAAUAGGUCUGACUCUAAACUAUUGGAAAACCGAAAUUUUUAACAAACACCAUUAAUUGAAGAAAAUUUAUUUUACAAUCGAUCUGUACACGCUACUUAUACUUAAAUAUUUAUGCUAUUUAUUACCAACAAAUUUAAGUGUAAAUUCAGUUAAAGAAUAAAUUAGCAUGCAAGCUGCAGCUUUGACUACCGCAACAAUCACACACCAUAAAUAUUGUAAAAACACAAAAAAGCUACAUACAUGCAUUAAUUAACGUAAAUCGUAAACAGCGUUGCCAUGACAGACCCAAAAAGCAAUUAGUCUUAGAACGAACUUGAGAGAAAAUUUUUUAUAAAAAAUAUGAAAAAAUAAAACAUAAAAAUAAAAAUAGAAGUAAAUGCAUUAAUACCAAAGUGAAAUUUUAAAUUUUGUCUAAUGCCACCAAACCAAAAAAAAAAACAAAAACAUGCGUAAAAUAACAUAAAUUAAAAGGCAUACACGAACUUAACUGUAACGCGCGAAUUAA